ACUAAAUCUUGCUUUGAAUACAGAAAUCUGGAUGGAAAUUAUAUCACAAAUAUUGAAAAUGGCUCCUUGCAAGGACUCAGCAAUUUAAAAACGCUAUACCUGGGAAAUAAUAUGAUUACAAAUUUUGAAGAUGGUUCCUUGCAAGGACUCAGCAAUUUACAGAAUCUAUUACUGGAAGAUAAUAAAAUCAACAAUAUAGAGGGAGCUUUCAAAGGCUUGGUCAAUUUACGGAUCUUAGAACUGAGAAAUAAUAACAUUACGACCAUUGACGAAGGGUCCUUCCAGUCCCUUUCCAAUUUAAAAGAACUAUAUAUGGACAGAAAUAAAAUCAGUAAUAUUGACAAAGACGGCUUCAAAGGCCUUUACAAUUUAAAGGAGCUACGUCUCGUGGCGAAUAAAAUUGUAACAAUUGAUGGAAGAUGGUUCCAGGACCUUUCCAAUUUAACAAGCUUAAACCUUGGUUAUAAUGAAAUAAUAGAUAUUGAAAACGGUAGCUUCAAAAACCUCGACAAAUUAGAGGAGCUAGACCUGAGAGGCAAUGGAAUUAAGAACAACGGAAAUGGUUCUUGGGAACAACUUCGUAAUUUAAAGAAAUUAAAACUUGCUAAUAAUCAAAUAUCGAAUAUUGAAAAAGAUAGCUUCAAAUACCUUGACAGUUUAGAGGAGCUAGACCUGAGUGGCAACAGAAUUACGAACAUUGGCAGUGAUUCUUGGCAACACCUUCAGAAUUUAAAGAAAUUAGACCUGAGUCGCACUGGAAUUACGAACAUUGGCAAUGGUUCUUGGCAACACCUUCAGAAUUUAAAGAAAUUAAUCCUUACUGAUAAUGAAAUAUCGAAUAUUGAAGAAGGUCAAUUCGAAAACCUCGACAGUCUAGAGGAACUAGACCUGAGUGGCAACAGAAUUACGAACAUCAGCGAUGGUUCUUGGCAACACCUUCAGAAUUUAAAGAAAUUAAAUUUGAGGAACAACCAAAUCAAAGAAUAUCAAGAUGGCGCAUUUUCAUCUCUUUCAAACAUAACUGGAAUUGACUUGAGAAACAAUAAAGACAUGGUCUGUGGAUGUCAUUUACCAGAUCUUAUCGAGCGUAUAAGUAAAGCAGACAACAGGAAUGUGACUGUCCUGGGCUACUGUAUAGAGGCUGGAACCAACCAUACCAAGUUAACCCAUACGCAGAAACCUUCGCAAUGUAAAAGUCACACGAUUAAUUAUGAGAGAAUUCAGUGCCACGUAUGUUCGGAGAUGAACUGCAGAUAUCUGACCGACUGCCAUGGUAUACAGCCUAGAUGUAUGACCACAAUAGCAAUGCACGGUGAUUCCAAGGUUGAAAAAACAUGCAGCACACGCGAAAAUUGCACUGAAACUGAGAGACGGAAUGUGUCAAAUUGCAAUAAUUGGACUAAAGGCAAUUCUUGUGUUACUUGUUGCAACACAGGCUUAUGUAACGAGAAUGUUUUCGAAGUCUGGACCAGUUCUUUUCAAUUAUAUUUGCUUUACAAGAGGCAAGGCAACAAAAAUGAAAACCUUACAGCCAUAUCUAAAGAAUUGGAGAAGAAGUUUUUACAUAUGCCAGGUAUUUACACAGUCAAGAAUUGUGGUGCGCAGAGCAAGACAGAAGUAUUUAUCCUUGAGUGCCAUGUUCCUAAGAAUGUUACAAAAGAACAAGUUAAAGAUAUUUUGAAAGCAAAAGCGCUACGUAGUUUAGGCUUUGAGGAAGAUAGCGAAAUAAGUGAUAGAAAGUUUUGCAAUGAAAACACAAAUGGCAGGUUUCAGUGGCCAGUGACAAAAAUAGGAGAUACCGCGUACAUCUCGUGUCUUGCACAUAUAGCAACAAGAGACUGUGUUCAAGGAACGGCGGCUACCACGUGUCUUAAUUUGCCCAAACAAUCACCUUUUACUGGUGUCUGGAAAGAUGUAGACAUUUCUCAAUGUAAUAAUACUAAAUGGAUCAUUAAAGAACUCAAGAAAAUGCAAGGUCAUCGUAUCAAUGAAUGUAAUAUUAAAGAUUUAACCAGACAACUGUUAAAUAUUUCCCAGAAAUCAGUUUAUUUCAAAGAAAUCGAUGUUGUCCUGGCUGUAGCUAAUUAUGAGAAGAUAGUGCCAUGUAUAUCGAAUGUGAGUGCCAAUGCAAUAAAGGAUGAUAUCCUUUCUAUCAUCAACAAUAUCAUAAACACACCAGAGAAGAUUUUGAUUGGAGCAGAAAAAUCCAACAGAAGUGUCAGCAGAAUACUGAAUAUUAUGGGAAACGUAUCAGAAAAACUUCAAGUGGAGAAGCAGCAGUUCAAAGUCUUAUUUUCCAAAUUUGGCAUGGGUAUUACCAAAGUGAAUAAGAAUACUUUCCGCGGUCUUUUCUAUGGUAUUUUACCGGCAACCAAUACAACUGAAGCAGAGAAUGUGAUAAGCGACUCUCCAUACCCAAAUGAUAAAAAAAGCCGAAAUAUGAUGGACUACAUUUCAAUACCGAAGACUUUAUCAAAACACUUGAAAAACAGCAAUCGGAUUUCGUUUUAUUCCAUGCCUAACGAUAAGCUAUUUAGGGUUAUACAAAGAUCUGGUGACGGAAAAAAUAGUAAACCUGAAAGCUUUAUAAACAGUCGAAUUAUAACUGCAAAUAUUCCAAAACAGCCCAUAUCUGACCUUGAAAAUCCAAUAUCUAUGUCCUUCAAUUUAUUAUAUAAGAAUGGUAGCAACUCACGGUGUGUUUUCUGGGAUGACACCCCGGGACAUAAUCCUCAUUGGUCAACAAGUGGUUGUAAAACUGAACGUAAAGAAAAAGUUUAUUGUUCCUGUAACCACCUUACAAGUUUUGCAAUAUUAACGGAUGUCGACCAGAAUGUCAAGUCAUAUUUUAUAUGCUAUAUUGGCUGUGGAAUAUCAUUGUUCUUCCUCAUCCUAACAAUAAUAGUUCAUGCUCAUUUCAAAAAUCUAUGGAAAAUAACUCCUUCAAAGAUUCUUGUAAACUUAUGCGGUUCUUUAGCUAUAACUCAUCUUAUAGUUCUUGUUGGGAUGCGGCCAGGAAAAACCAAUGCUAUUUGUAAGGGAGUGGCUAUUCUGUUGCACUAUUUCCUUAUUGCGUCCGCCAUGUGGAUAACUGUAGAAGCUCUACAUAUUUGCCAAGCUUUGAUUGCUACAUUUAGAGCAUGCCAAAGAUCUUUUAUGAUGAAGAGUUCAAUUUUCGCUUGGGGUGUGCCAGGCAUCAUUCUCAUGCUUACUCUGAUAAUCACCAAAACAAACAGCUACAUCAGAAUUACAACAGUCUGCUGGUUAUCCCAGACACCUUUCUACGUUUCUUUCCUGUUUCCCAUGGGGCUUAUCCUUGUCUUUAGUCUCAUCGUAUUACUUCUCAUUAUCGGACGCCUCUUCUCAAUGAAAAAGGAGAAGAAAUGUGAACAAAAAACAAGAAAAUUUCGUCUUUUUGGCAUCGUUAGUGUGUUGUUCCUGUUUGGUGCUUCGUGGGCCUUAGCAUUCUAUACCUUUUUUGGUGGAGGAGCCACCGUGCUUAUAUAUAUCUGCGCAAUCUUCCAUGCACUUCAAGGACUGUUUAUCUUCAUAUUCUAUUGUGCAUGUGAUAAACAUGCUCGAAAUGUAAUCUGCUCGAAUUCAUGUCAUAAAAAGAAAUACGUAUUGAAUAAAGAUUCCCAGAACAACUCAGGUGAAAAUCCUGAUAAUGAAACAGGUGUGAAAUAUAGGAAUUCAGAAGAUAAAAUAGCUGAAGUAAAGUUAUAAAAGAAUAUUUUUUAAAAUACCUUUGAGAAUUAUUUUUCAUCGCUUGUUUAGUAACAUGAUUAAACAUUUUUCCCUUAUAUAAUGUGAAACUUAUUUCUAAAUAUAUACAAGAUUAUACAAGUGAGAGCCUGAAUAAUCGGCAAUGUGCUUUAGCAAGAUUCAAUAAGUUAUUUGUUGACUGAAACAUAAAAAUAUCUUGCUUUGAAACAUUAUGUACUAGUUGCCAAUGUGAUUAUUAACCCAUUCAAUGAAAUCUUUAAAAUUAAUAAAGGUAUACUAUUCGUGUCCUGCUUGUUGUUUCUGCAUAUUCCGAACAAUAAAUUAUAAUAAAACCAAUUUAAAUGUUGACAUCCUUGAA